AUUCGAAUACUUUUUUGUUCGAAGCCAUUUUGUCAAGGAUACGAGGCGUGCGCUCAGGUUGCUUUUGUCCUUUUUAUUUGAUCUACUUUGUUAAAUAAUACUCGUAUAAAUAGGCACGGCAUUACAUCGCCGAGAUAUUUCAUCUCCACAAAGUUAUCGUCCUAAUAUCGCAUGUCCUCUAUUCAGAACCUCCAAUCUUUUGAUCCCUUUGCUGAUGCAACCAAGGGUGACGAUUUACUCCCGGCAGGGACAGAAGAUAAAAUCCACAUAAGGAUACAGCAACGAAACGGACGCAAGACCCUAACCACUGUUCAAGGGAUCGCGGCCGAUUACGACAAGAAGAAGCUUGUGAAGGCCUUCAAGAAGAAAUUUGCCUGCAAUGGUACUGUGAUUGAACACCCUGAGUACGGUGAGGUCAUCCAGCUGCAGGGAGACCAGAGAAAAAACAUCUGCCAGUUCCUCAUGGAGAUCGGCAUUGUCAGGGAGGAGCAGUUGAAGGUCCACGGAUUUUAAAGUAAUGCUGUUGCUUCAAGACCAGGUCCUCAUCGGCUUUUAGACUUUUCUGUUAUGUAUUGACCAAUAAAGUUCAGCCGCAUGUCUGAUGUAAAACUCUGAGGCAAUAAAAACACAAUGUCACAUUUUUUAAAGCGCA